GGCAGCAGCGGCCGUGGGGCUCCCCGGGCCCCCCCCGGGGUGGUGGUUAACGGGGCUGUGCCAUGGUGAUGGAGAUGGGAGAAUGGAGAGGGACCCCAAACUUCCUCGCAUCUGCGCCUUCCUCACGCUGUGGCUGCAGAGGAAGCAGCGAGCCAAGCCCUGCAGCCGCCCGGGGCCCGUGCCCGGCCCGCGCCUCAGCACGGGUGAAGGUGUUGUGAAGGAAAUCAACAUCACUCACCACGUGAAGGAGGGCUCUGAGAAAGCCGACCCGUCGCAGUUUGAGCUCCUCAAGGUGCUGGGACAGGGCUCCUUUGGCAAGGUUUUCUUGGUGAGAAAAAUAACACCACCAGACAACAACCACCUCUAUGCCAUGAAAGUGCUCAAGAAGGCGACAUUGAAAGUGCGUGACCGAGUAAGAACAAAGUUAGAAAGGGACAUCCUGGCUGAUGUAAACCAUCCCUUUGUGGUGAAACUCCACUAUGCAUUCCAGACAGAGGGGAAGCUGUAUCUCAUCUUGGAUUUCCUCAGAGGAGGUGACCUCUUCACUCGGCUUUCCAAAGAGAUCAUGUUCACUGAGGAGGAUGUGAAGUUCUACCUGGCAGAGCUUGCUCUGGGGCUCGACCAUCUGCACAGCCUGGGCAUCAUCUACCGGGACCUUAAACCAGAGAACAUCCUCUUGGAUGAAGAAGGACACAUCAGGCUCACAGAUUUUGGCUUGAGUAAGGAGGCUAUAGACCACGAGAAGAAAGCCUACUCCUUCUGUGGGACAGUGGAAUAUAUGGCCCCAGAGGUUGUGAAUCGCCAGGGCCACUCCCACAGUGCUGACUGGUGGUCCUACGGGGUGUUAAUGUUUGAAAUGCUCACUGGCUCACUGCCCUUCCAGGGGAAGGAUCGUAAGGAGACCAUGACCCACAUCCUCAAAGCAAAGCUGGGCAUGCCACAGUUCCUGAGUACUGAGGCACAGAGCCUCCUGAGAGCCCUUUUCAAAAGGAAUCCAGCCAACAGAUUAGGGUCUGGACCAGAUGGGGCAGAAGAGAUCAAGCGCCAUCCUUUCUACUCCACCAUUGACUGGAAUAAGCUGUACCGCCGGGAGAUCAAGCCUCCCUUCAGGCCUGCCGUGGGGCAGCCCGACGACACCUUCUACUUCGAUGCAGAGUUUACGUCUCGUACCCCAAAAGAUUCCCCAGGCAUCCCUCCUAGUGCAGGCGCUCAUCAGCUCUUCCGAGGCUUCAGUUUCGUGGCAACAGGGCUGAUGGAGGAUGGCAAGGUGAAGCCUGCCCAGCCUCCUCUGCAUUCUGUGGUGCAGCAGCUGCACGGCAAGAACGUCCAGUUCAGCGACGGCUACGUGGGGAUGGAGACAAUCGGCAUCGGCUCCUACUCAGUGUGUAAACGCUGCAUCCAUAAAGCGACCAACAUGGAGUAUGCAGUCAAGAUUAUUGACAAGAGCAAGAGAGACCCUUCUGAGGAAAUAGAGAUCCUGCUGCGCUACGGGCAGCAUCCCAACAUCAUCACCUUGAAAGAUGUGUAUGAUGAUGGGAAGUACGUGUACCUGGUGACUGAGCUGAUGAGGGGAGGGGAGCUGCUUGACAAAAUCCUCAGACAGAAGUUUUUCUCAGAGAGGGAAGCCAGUUCAGUCCUGCACACCAUCUGUAAGACAGUGGAGUACCUGCACUCCCAGAUGGUGGUUCACAGGGAUUUGAAACCCAGCAACAUUCUCUACUUGGAUGAGUCAGGAAACCCCGAGAGCAUUCGCAUUUGUGACUUUGGCUUUGCCAAGCAGCUGAGGGCAGAGAACGGCCUUCUUAUGACUCCCUGCUACACAGAAAACUUCGUGGCACCCGAGGUCCUGAAACGCAAAGGCUACGACGAGGGCUGUGACAUCUGGAGCCUGGGAGUGCUGCUGUACGCCAUGCUGGCAGGCCGCACUCCGUUUGCAAACGGUCCCAGUGACACUCCAGAAGAGAUCCUGAGCCGGAUAGGUCGGGGGAACUUCUCCAUCAGUGGAGGGAAUUGGGACACUAUUUCUGAUAUGGCCAAGGAUCUCGUAUCAAAGAUGCUUCAUGUAGAUCCUCACCAGCGUCUAACAGCCAAGCAGGUCCUGCAGCAUCCCUGGAUAACCCAGAAGGACAGCUUACCCCAGAGCCAGCUGAACCACCAGGACAUUCAGCUUGUGAAGGGGGCGAUGGCUGCCACCUACUCUGCACUGAACAGCUCCAAGCCAGGCCCACAGCUGAAGCCCAUCGAAUCCUCCAUUCUGGCCCAGAGGCGGGUGAAGAAACUCCCUUUAACCACCCUGUGAAGUCAGGAUGGGAUGCAGGAGCAUGGUGAUGUUAAGGACACACCACACCUCCCACCUGAACCAGGGACAGGAGAUGGAGUGGUCAGCACCUGCACAGAGCUCCCUCAGGACUUAUUCUCCAAAGGCCAAGUGCCUUCCUGUUCCUGACAGACUGGCUUCUCCUCGUGUGGACUGAUCUUUGCUGAGAGAACUUCACUGUAAAACAUUUCUGACGUGUAAAUUGUCAAUUUUUAAAGACAUCCAUCUGUGUAUAUGAGACCUAGAAUGUAUAACUGAUGGCAAGUGGCACUAAAAAGCAGCUCUGAAUCACCCUUUCCUGUUAGAGCCAGGAAUUUGUCGUAGCUACGUCAUUCCUUGGAACUGAUUCUCUCCAACGUUGUUGCAGCUGGAAGAACACGUUUGGAGUUCAGGCUUUGGGGAUUUUCCUCCCUUGAGCCUUUAGAUGCUCUUCCCAAAGCCAACCUUGCAGACUCCUAGCCAGCAGCACUCCUCUUUGUAAGGAUUUCCCUCCCUUUCACUUUUUGUGUGUGCGUGUUGAGAGCGUGAGGUCGGUUUUUCAGACUCUGUUUCUUCCUCUCUCCUGCCCUCCCCAGCACAGACAGCAGUUCUCUGAACAACACCCACUACGGGUUUUCCCAACACCCCCAGAGGUGCUCAGCUUCCCAGACCCUGCUGGGUUUGAUUCUUUCUUUCUCUCUGCCGUCCCACCUUCAUCUUCUCCCCAUCACUCCUGGGGAGUUUGUCACCUGCGUAAGCGGGGAUGACAAAGGGACCUUCUCGGCAAAGCUGAGGCUCUGGGCUGGCUCUGGCUGCUGCUUUUACCACUUUGGGGUUUUCCUUUCUUUCAGCAGCAACCUCUAAAACAAACCAUCCUCUUUUUUUUAAUUUAACUUUGUUCUACAGCUGGUAACUCAGGGUUUCUUUCUGAAUUGUACAAUAAACGUGUCAUUCAGUUGA